CAUAAAGGUAACAUGGCUCAUGUCAAAUAAAGCUCUACCAUUAAGAUGAGGAAGACACUUAAACAAGAUGUGUGUGAUAUUUCAGUUCCAGACCCAACAGACAGAGAAGCAGAUCAAGCAGGAGUUUGAGAAGCUUCACCAGUUUCUACGAGAUGAAGAGGCAGCCAGGAUAGCUGCACUGAGGGAGGAGGAGGAGCUGAAGAGUCAGAUGAUGAGGGAGGAGAUAGAGAAGAUGAACAGAGAGAUCUCAUCUCUUUCAGACACAAUCAGGGCCAUAGAGCAGGAGAUGAAAGCUGGUGAUGUCACAUUUUUACAGAACUACAAGUCCAUGGAGCAAAGAGCCCAGUGCACUCUACAGGAUCCAGAGAUGCUGUCAGGAGCUCUGAUCAAUGUGGCAAAGCACCUGGGCAACCUGAAGUUCAGAGUCUGGGAGAGGAUGAAAGACUUGGUCCAAUUUUCUCCUGUUACUAUGGACCCCAACACAGCAGACUCACAUCUUGUCCUGUCUGAGGACCUGACUAGUGUGACAUACAGAGGUCAGAGACAACAGCUUCCUUGCAACCCAGAAAGGUUUUAUGAAUUUGUGCAGGCCUCUGAGGGCUUUGACUCGGGAAAACACUGCUGGGAUGUGGAGGUAUUAGAAGACAGAGAUGACUGGACUCUGGGGGUGAAGGGUAUGAGGAGUUCCCGGGGCUUCUGGUCAGGCAUCUAUACCUUAUCAGGGAGGCAGAGGCCCCAGAGGAUCAGAGUGCAGCUGGACUGGGACAGAGGAGAGCUGGCAUUCAUUAACCCUGAUAAUAACACACACUUGUGUCCGUGUUUCACGGACCUUCUCACUGAAACACUCUUUCCAUGCUUUUGGCCUGGUAAGAAUACUAUAAAAAUUGUGCCAGUGAAGCCUACAAUAGUGCUGGGGGAGAAAAAUAACAUAACAGUGCUGGGGCAGAACCAUAACAGAGCCUUCGGUUUUAAUUUGAACCCCUGUGCUAUUCUAUAGUAACAUUAAUGAAAGGGUUAGGUACAAGGUCUUGUUACAAUCUCUGUGGGGUUAAGACAGUAA